GUUGUUUCGCACCAGCAUCCUGACGUUCUAAUUAAUCUAAUUCAAUAUUAUUGUGCCCGGAAUCUUCAAGUUUCUUAUGUCAGACAUAUUCUCAUCUUCAUUAGAUAUUGAAUUUGUUAUUCAAGUUGUGGUAGUACGCAGUGAGGAUCCGUUUCGCGGACGAAUACACACAGGAAAUGGGAAACAUUAGUAAUUUACUUUAUCAUGUGUUAAUAAGAUUUGAGUUGCUGUCAAGAAAUCGGUACACAAAUUAGGGAUUAUGAAGUGAGGCUGAUGAAUAUGGAACUUGAUCAAGCGCAGUGUAGGCACCUACAUGUUGACUUAAGUUUCAACACCGGGAUAUAGUCCAUCAGUAAUAGGUGCGGCCAUGUUGACCUAUAGCAGAAAACUUUUGGAAUAAUUUUGGCCACAAUAAUUGUUCAGGUAACAUAAUGCCGAAAUGUGAUAGCUGUACGAAGUAUACUCCGGCCACAUUUGCCUGGAUAUUGCUCUUGGGCGCAACUACUCUCUUCUUCUAUUUUCCGUGCCAAAAGUAUUACCUGUUCCAAUUUCCAUGGGUUCCUGCAUACCAAGGAGUUAUUACGCUGUUUGUAAUUACCAAUUUCACUCUGGCAACCUUCAUGGAUCCAGGUGUCAUACCAAAAGCUUCCCCAGAAGAGGACAGGGAGGAUGACUUCAGAGCACCUCUAUACAAAAAUGUUGAAAUAAAUGGGAUUACUGUUCGCAUGAAGUGGUGUGUCACCUGUCAGUUUUAUCGUCCACCACGGUGCUCUCACUGUAGUGUGUGCAAUGUUUGUGUUGAGACCUUUGAUCAUCACUGCCCAUGGGUGAACAAUUGCAUUGGAAGAAGAAACUAUCGUUUCUUCUUUAUGUUUCUUAUAUCUCUCAGCAUGCAUAUGACAAGUAUAUUUGCUUUGUGUUUAAUAUACGUUUUGAAAAACAAGGAGAAGCUAACUGAAGUUCACACUGUUAUAUCCAUAGUUUUGAUGGGAAUUAUAAUUUUGCUUAUUAUUCCCAUAUAUGGGUUAACAGGCUUCCAUAUGGUGCUUGUAGCACGGGGUAGAACUACCAAUGAACAAGUUACAGGAAAAUUUAAAGGUGGCUACAACCCUUUUUCUCGUGGAUGUUAUCGUAACUGCUGCUAUAUUUUAUGUGGACCAUUAUAUCCCAGCCUGCUGAAGACAGACAAAUAUGCAGGGAAGCCGAGACAUUACCCCACUUCUACAUCAGCCAUUUCAACAAUUACAAAUGAGAACCAGGUAAAAACCUACAUGGAUAACAGCAAUGGGGUUAGAAAUGCCAGUUCCAAUGCUUAUAAUAAGUUGUCGCCAGGACGAGGUGAAGGUUCUGACACAGACAUGGAGCCCACAGCAUCACAGUCACAGGAUUGUGAACCUACACCACCUCUGCAAAGGCAUGGUUCAAAAAAUAACUUUUUCCUGCCUCCUGUUGACACUGGAGAAUCGCCAAGGAAACCAAGCCAUUUGCAGCAACAGGUUCAGCAGCAGCAGCAACAACAACAACAUAGAGGACCCUAUAGUCGUGGAAGUCCUCAUCCAAGACCGAGAGGGAUGGAGGUGUCCCAGUCAAGAAGUCAUACACCUGACCCAUUGUCACCAGAGCAGCAACCAUCACAAUCACCUGCUGUUAGACCACAGGGUCCUAGUCCUACAAUGCAGCAGCGAAUUAAAGCGAUUGGUGUACCCACUCCACUGGCAAUGUCAAGUCCAGUCCGCAGGUCCAACCCAGGCACUCCCACACAGCCACGACGACCAGAUUUUAUUGGAGUUGGGGGAAUGGGGACACCGUCAUCCACAUACUAUGAAUUUCAGCAACAGCCCUCACAAAUCAGUGCUGUCCAUACACAUCACAGCGUACAGCCUCAUCCAGCAUCUAGAGUUGCGCCGCCAACGUCAAGUUAUGGAAGUCCGCAGCGUCGAUUCCUGUCAGAAAGUGAGCUUGUUCGGCAAGGUGGAUCUGGUGGUGAUCUCGCAUAUGCACGCUCAAAUAACACAGCAGAUAACAUACGAGAAUUAGCUGGCUCUCCACAAAGGGGAGUUUAUACGUGGAAGGACACUUCUCCUGGUGCUUAUGGGUCCAAUGGAAAUGGAAUUGGAGCAUCAUCACAUCAUCAUCAGCCGUUGCCUUCUCAGCAUCAAAGGAGUGCUGGGUAUGAGUAUUAUCGCUCAAACCCAACAAGUCCUACGCAGCAGCAGCAGCAACAGCAGCAGCAACAGCAACAGCAGCAGCAGCAAAUGUAUAGUCAGCGUCCUCCAGCUUCCUAUUACCCCCCAGUGCGUGGUGGUGUCCCUGUGUACCCUCCUCCACAAUCUCCACAGAUUAAACGAAAGACAAUGGUAACCCCUACCACCCCAACAGCGGCAGUUUCUUCUUGUGAUGGACGACGACCCAGUCCGGGCUCAAGAAGACCCAUGUCAUUUGUGCGAGCGUUAGAGAUGUCCGAUUCAAUAGAGCUGACUUCAGCUUCCCCAGGUACUCCUCGUUCCGAGCAUAGGCUAGUAACUGUUAGUGGCCCAGUGAGUGGGACCUCAUCUUCAGUUCUUCAAGACACUCAUCGAAGUUCAACGCCAACUCCAGACCGUGCUAGUGUUUAUGAUAUGAAUUAUGAAAUUUCUGUAUAGGGAAGGCUUGGCCCAGGUGGUAUACAGGUGUGCGGUUAUCUUAGAAAUCGAACGUUACCACACAACAAACAAGCAACCUACAACUACUUACGAGGGGCCAGGACUUUCCCUUUGUCAAGAAGGGGUUAUAGAUUACCAUAUUGAAACAUCAUUUCAUUUUGAGGUACUAGCUUGUAUCCCUGACAACCAGUAAUCUUGUGAUGCCACUACCAAGUGAAAGAGGACAAAUUUCUAAUGAAAUGAAGAAAAUAAACAUUAAUUUUUUACAAAUUAAUGAUGAUUGCAUUAACGUGUAGUUACUGUAUUGUUAAAGACUUACAGACACAUUUUGUUUUUGUUAAGUGCCAUAAAUUAUAAAUAGUUGAUAUCGUCACACAACAUAACUGAUUGUUGCUACUGCAAUAUUGCAAGUUAUCCUGUUACUCCAUAAUUUAUAUAGAUCUUUACACUAUAUUCCCCAUGUCCCAAAAUUUGUCAUACUUAUAUAACUGAAAUAGCCUUAAAACUAUAUUUCUAUUAUUAUUAUUAUUAUUAUUUUCUUUUUUAAUUUGUGAUUUUGUAUUAUCUGUUAAUAUCAGUAUAUUGAAUCUGCAAGUUCACAGAAUAUAAACUUGUGUGCUGAAUUAAAAAAAAGAAAUAACUAUGUUUUGGAGAUGUUUGUGUUGUACUUAAUGUGUCUGAAGACCAAAUCUUAAUUAGCAAUGGCUGAUGAGCUCUCGAGUUACUGUGUCAUAGCACGUCUGUGCAUACUGUGUGUGCUCCUUCCUUCUUUUUUGUGUUACGAAGUACAUGAGAUGUGUGUUUUAUAAAAGAUUCCUUAUGUAAAUUUAUUUAUCCUUCAUAUAUUUUUCUUUAUAUCUGUGUAAUUGCCUUCAUUGGAGUCUUUAUAUUCAGGAAAUUAAAAGAUAGAGAAAUGAGCAGCUUCAUACAAUGCUUACAAACUUCA